UCGUGGCCUUCAGUGUUGCCUACAAUCAGAACAAGCAGCUGAUUGGUGAGAACGGCCUCAUGCCCUGCAAGAACUACCUGAACAGUGUCAAACGCUAUGUGGGGGGCAAGAUUGGCAUGGCUGCCUUGGCCUACACACCCUCCAUCCUCUGGUUCUUGGACUGGAGCCACAUGGACGCCAACCUGGAUGGCAUUGCCCUGGUGGGAAUGGCAUUGUCACUGUUUGUCCUGCUGACUGGAACAGCUAACAUGUUGAUCAUGUUCACACUGUGGCUGCUUUACCACUCCCUGGUCAACGUGGGACAGCUGUGGUACUCUUUUGGCUGGGAGAGCCAGCUGCUGGAAACUGGCUUUCUGGCCAUUUUCUUGUGUCCAGUCUGGACUCUGGCCCAGGUUCCUCGUCAGUGCCCUCCAUCCCUGAUCUGCAUCUGGACCUUCAGAUGGCUGAUUGUGCGCAUCAUGCUGGGAGCUGGUCUUAUUAAAAUCCGAGGGGACAGGUGCUGGACAGACCUGACCUGCAUGGACUAUCACUACGAGACCCAGCCAGUGCCUAACCCCAUGUCGUACUACCUGCACCACUCUCCAUGGUGGUUCCAUCGCUUUGAGACGCUGUCCAACCACUUCAUCGAGCUGGUCGCCCCCCUCCUCACCUUCCUGGGCAGGAGGAUGUGCAUGGUGAACGGAGCUCUUCAGAUUCUUUUCCAGGUGGUCCUGAUAGUGAGCGGGAACCUCAGUUUCCUCAACUGGCUCACAAUCGUCCCCAGUCUGUCCUGUUUUGAUGACUCAGCUCUGGGUUUCUUGUUCGGCCGUGGGUCUGCAGCUAAGCAGGCUGUGCUGGAGGUGCAGAGUCAGCACGCAGCUGGACGCUCCCCCAAACCCACCAAAGGGAUGCUGAUGCGUCGGGUGCUGAACGUUUCUCUGGCUCUGCUCAUUGGCUACCUGAGCCUUCCUGUGGUCCUGAACCUGCUGAGCUCCAGGCAGAUGAUGAACACGUCCUUCGACCCGCUGCGUCUCGUCAACACGUACGGAGCUUUUGGCAGCAUCACUAAGGAGCGGACAGAGGUCAUCAUCCAGGGCACUCUGAGCCCAGACCCCAAAGCCCCCGAGGCAGUGUGGGAGGAGUACCAGUUCAAGUGUAAACCAGGAGAUGUGUUCAGGAGGCCCUGCCUCAUCUCUCCGUACCACUACAGGCUGGACUGGCUCAUGUGGUUCGCUGCUUUCCAGACCUACGAGCAGAGUGAGUGGGUGAUCCACAUGGCAGGACGUCUUCUGGCCAACGACAGCACCAUCCUGUCCCUGCUGGACCACAACCCUUUCCAGGGCAGAGACCCCCCCAGGUGGGUCAGAGGAGAACAUUACAGGUACAAGUUCAGCCAGCCGGGCAGUUCCAGUGCAGCACAGGGCAGGUGGUGGCUGAGAAAACACAUCGGGGCUUACUUUCCUGCUGUAGACCUGGAGGGACUCAGAGGCUACUUUCAGUCCAGGAACUGGCCCCACCCUCACAGGAAGCCAUGAACUGGCCCCACCCUCACAGGAAGACAUGAACUGGCCCCACCCUCACAGGAAGACAUGAAGUCUAAUGUGACCCUGUUCCAGUGAGCCAAGGUUUUCAUGAACAACUGAUGCUGAUCCUCCAUCAUCCAUGUACUGUACCUGGUGCUUCUGCUGUGAACAACUGUAAAACUGCUUUAAUAAAGAUCAUCUGUAGAGGAACAUCCUACCCUGUGGUUGACCUUUGACCUUUGUCAACCCUCCACUGUCCAAGAAUAAAAUGAUCUAAAGAAA